CCGGGGAGCAGCGGCGGAGGGGUGUUUUUUUAAAGCUACAGGAGCCGUUUGCGGCCGCCCCGCUUUGGUAGCGCCGCGCGUGUGUGUGUGUGUGUCUGUGCGUGUGUGUGUGCGUGCGUGUGUAUGUUUUGUUUUGCUCCGCUCCAGCAUGGGCAGCGCCGGCGGAGCCCCGCGGCCCGGGGUGCCCGCGCUCCCGCUGCCCCCCCGGCCCCGGCUCUGAAGACGGCCAAGCCCCAGCGCGGCGGAGGCAGCGCGGCUCGCUCUGCGCUUUCGCAUGGAGGGAAGAAGCAUGUCCCGUCUGUCUCUGACACGCUCCCCGGUUUCUCCUCUGGCUGCUCAAGGAAUUCCUCUCCCAGCUCAACUCACCAAGUCCAACGCUCCCGUGCACAUCGAUGUAGGAGGACACAUGUACACCAGCAGCCUGGCCACCCUCACCAAGUACCCAGACUCCAGAAUAAGUCGUCUGUUUAAUGGCACAGAGCCCAUUGUCCUGGACAGUUUAAAGCAGCAUUAUUUCAUUGAUCGAGAUGGGGAGAUUUUCAGAUAUAUAUUAAGCUUCCUAAGGACAUCUAAGCUACUGCUCCCAGAUGACUUUAAGGACUUUAAUCUUUUAUAUGAAGAAGCAAAGUAUUACCAGCUGCAGCCAAUGAUUAAGGAACUUGAGCGGUGGAAACAAGAGAAAGAACAAAGGAAACACUUCCAGCCUUGUGACUGCUUGGUUGUGAGAGUGACUCCGGAUCUGGGGGAGAGGAUUGCACUGAGCGGGGAGAAGGCUUUGAUAGAGGAGAUCUUCCCGGAGACGGGGGAUGUCAUGUGCAACUCGGUGAACGCGGGCUGGAACCAGGACCCCACCCACGUUAUCAGGUUUCCCUUGAACGGAUACUGCCGGCUCAACUCCGUGCAGGUGCUCGAAAGGUUAUUUCAGAAGGGAUUUAACGUGGCAGCUUCCUGUGGUGGUGGGGUGGAUUCCUCCCAGUUCAGCGAGUACGUGCUGUGCCGCGAGGACAGACGACCACAGCCCACCCCAACAAUCAGAAUAAAACAGGAGCCCCUGGACUAGAACCCUCCCCGUGCCCCUUUGUAACCGUAGAAGUGUUUAAUAGUCCCUUAUGUGAAACACUAAGGAUUUGCAAAACAGUAUUAGCAAACAGAUUUGGACUUUCUGUUGCCCAUCAGUGGUACUCUGAAACUACCUGUCACACGGCCAGCCAUGGAACGCGUCUGGAAAUCCAUUGCCUGUCGCUCAUGGUGGAGCUCCUGAGCACACGGACUUGGGGCUGACCAGCAGCGCCGUGGAACAGGCAAAGCUUUGGAAACCCUGGCCCUGGCCUGGACUUCUGCAGCAAGAGCCAUGGAAGCAGUGGAAGGGACCAGCAGGAGCCGGGGGACAGCCGGAGCUGCGGGGACGGGGGCGUCUGGGGGAGGAAGAACCCCAAAAACUGCACUGAAAACCUUCCCUGACCUUGCCCCUCCUCCAUAUCAGUCCCCUGGUGAUUGUACUCACCCACACGAGCAAAUGGCUUAUUUUUAUACUACAUUUCCAGCUGAGGUCUCUCUCUGUGAACAGGAUCCAGAACCAGAAAAGGACUGAUUCAUAGUCACUGGUGCUCAGUACUUAACCCCCCACAAACCAAACAAAACAAGUGACAAGAAAUUAGACAGGCCCACUUAUGGCAAUAUUUGCAACAGUAGGGAUCUGGAAGCACAAACUAAAAUGCCAUCCACCAUCACACGAGGGUCACAUACCCCACGAGGAGCCGUAGCUCUUUCAAAGCCAAUCUUGUUUUGACACAGCAGCUGUUUAGUUUUGCAUCAUCAAAGAAGUGUGGUUCUACCAAACAAGCCACCCCUUGUUAAUCAUUUACUGACCAUGUUAGAAGCCCACAUUUAGCAGGAAAGUUGAAGAAUUUUAGACAAGCCCACUCUUCAUGGGUCUGGAAUUCUUGCAAAGAGUUGUUAAAACCCUGUAUUGCCAUUGCCAGAUGAAAGCAGGACGUCGUCGGGUUAAAUUGUUUUAUGAUUUUAAAUUAUUAUUAAAAUUUGAAUUCUGUAGCUGCCCUCUACCUGUGUAGCUUUCUCUGUAACCAAGUCAGGGGUCUGUCUGCAGGAGGGUCCUGCUUCUGCCAGGACUUGGCACUGACUCACAGGGCUUUCUAACUCAGGAGACAGCACCGUGUUUGCAGGUGCAAGGCUAUAAAUAGCAUUCUGCUAAAUCCUGUUUAUUGCUCUUCAGCAUGAUUGGGUCCUCAAUCACUAAUUCAUGUGUUAAUCACAAUUUAGUUUCUCCCACAAUAAUUUAUAGAAUACUGUUGUAGAUGAUGAAUUUUAAUUAAAGUCUUUUUAGAUGCAUAAAUACGGCCGUAUGGAACAAGGGACAGAGUAUUAAGUGGUCAACAGUUCUUAAUGCAAAUUGAUUGCAAUCAGCAAAAUUUAAAAGUCAUGUUUAAGACUAGUAUUUUCAAAAGCAAUGAGCUGUACUGACUAUCCAAGGUAAAAUCUAGGCAGGGGUCUAAUUUUUGGAAAAGGGCUGGAUACCUGUCCAUGGAAAAUCAGACCUCUGCAGGUUUUCUCACCUUGGUGACCCAACCCAGAAAUCUCUAAUGGCAAUCCUGGCCGGUUGGCCUGCUACCUUAGCAGAACGGUUGAGCAAAUCUGUCUACUUUAAGAGUUGUAAAGUUAUUUUAUUUUGUGGUUUUAUACUUGUACGACAUUCUAAAGUUGCUAGGCAUUGCCAUAUUUGAAUAUAUGGCACAACAUUCACCUUUGUAUGUAAGAUAUCUGUAGAAUUGUAUAUUAUACAUUUAAUAUUGUAAAGAACUUAACGUAUAAUUGUCAUGUAUUUGUGUAUGCACAUUUCUUAUACAGUACUUCAUGCCAUAAACAUUUCUGUAAAGUAAAUGAACAAAAACAAGCACGUAGGGUGGAACACUCACUGUAUCUCCCAUGUUGUUUGAAAGAGGUGAGAAUUUUUGAUUGCGUCUUCUCCAGCCCUUUGCUCCAUUCAGCUUGAUGUAGCCAUGUCUUACAAAAAGAUAGAAGUGUUUUAUUUAUUACUUUCAUACCUUUAAGUCCAAAGUAUCCCUCAAUAGUCCAUUCAGGUUCUUGUUUUUAUCCUGUAUCCACUCCUGCCCUGCCCUCUGGCACGGGGUGAGCUGAGCACUCGUGGCAGCACACCUUGUCCAGCUCUUACCUCUCAGCCAGGGAAUAAAGGUGAUUUCCAUCCCAGGGGAACCCUGCCCCUGGUGCUCUCCCCAGGCAGCUCUGGGAGUGCAGACUGGGAUGGUGCUUUCACACAUCUGUGGAACGUUGGAACUAUUUGUGGUUGCUUGGUUGGGUGCGUGGUUGGGCGGGUUUUCCUCAGUUUGGUGUUUACUGUAUUUUUUUAUGGCUCAAUAAAGCAGCUCCCAUAGUUGGGGCAGCUUUGCUGAGGUGGCAUUGGAAAGGAUUCCAGGCUGCACCAGCCGAGUUAAAUGUGAACUUGAGAUGGAAAGUUUAAACCAUGACAUCACAGCAUUGACUGCAAAACAGCACAAAGGCUAGGAAGACAUGUGGAAACAAUCACUUUCUUAGGAAAAAAAUGCCUUUAAAAAAAAAAGUUAAGCUAGGACAUGUUCUUUUAGUUAGUAACUUCAGGUCACUUAUUUAAAGAUUAUUACAGUUUCAUUUAUAUAUUUUUUACUUAUUUCCCUAUAUUUUUAGGCAUCAAUAUCAGCAAAAAAACUGAUUUGAAUAUCUACUUCUGGCCUUAAACCACAGCAACAUAACUUAACAAAGAACAUUGCUCAGCAUCACUAGGAUGUUUUAAAGCACCACAGAGGCCUGGCGAAGCUGUGGUGUGCAAAGGCCAUGAAGCAAAGCACAAAGCACAGCCUGGUUCUUCACCUGAUCCCAUGGAGCAAAACUGCUCUGAUCCUCUGUUGCUGAGCACUGGCCCCGUGUCAGGCACGAGGCUUUGAGCACUUGUGUCCAGGCUGUCCCAGCCCCAGUGCAGACAGAAAGGGAGGGAGAAUGUUCUGUUGUGCUUUCGGGCUCCUCGCUCGAGACAGCCACUGCUGAGAGCAUCCAUUCUCUGCACUGAUGGCACCGAGGUUUGCUGACAACUUUAUUAGAUGUUUCACAAAGGAUAAGAAUCAGCACAACAAAACAUUGAAGUAUUUGGUUUUAAUAUUUGUUUGUGGGUAUUCUGUUAAUAUUUUAAUGCAAAAUGUUUCUGACCAGUGC